CCGGCAGCAAGAUGGUGUGUUCGACGUCAAUGACGUAUCUUUAUUCCAUGCAAAUUGUAAUAAGAACGCAAAAUCCCGCGAGAGUGAAGAAUAAUAUCUGUAAAUAGGAAAAUGUAAUGCUGCAUCUGUAGAAGAUAAGAAAGAAAUUCAAUGAAGCGAGCUGAAUCUAAAACUAACAACUAUCAUUAACCGAGAAGAUGAUCUUCGCUUCCUUGUUUAAUCAACGACAAUCUACCGAGGAAAUCGACAAUUGAAUUCCAGAUCGUAGGAAAAAGAGAAAUAAUAAACAGGAAAAUUCCCUACGCGUCUGCUUCAAGAUGAACGUCGAGGAGAAGAGACUCGCGACUUUUCGCGAAUGGCCAUCGAACGCCGCGAUCGGCGCGUCCUGUCUCGCGAAGGCGGGAUUUUAUUAUACCGGAAACUACCUAGAGGUACAGUGUUUCUUGUGCGGCACGAUGAUAUCGGACUGGAAUUAUGGUGAUCAAGCGAUGGCUCGUCAUCGGCGAAAAGCGCCCAAUUGUCCCUUCGUCGUCGAUCCAGCCGGGACUUGCAAUGUCCCGAUGAUCCCGACGACAGCUGGCAUCACUUCGGAAUCGACUACAUCAUCGUCGAACACGCGACGAUCCGAGGACAGCAUCGAGGACCCGGAACAGCUGCAGCAGAGGUCGUCCAAUGUUGUAGGAAAAUACGAAACUGUUUCACAGAGGCUGCAGACGUUUGACAGUUGGCCAUUAACUUCUAUCAUCCGUCCGGAACAGCUGGCUUUAGCGGGAUUUUACUAUCUUCAGUAUAAAGAUUUGGUGGAAUGCGCAUUUUGCAAAGGUAUUCUAAUGAAUUGGAAAGUUGGCGACGAUCCAGAGCAUGCCCAUAAAUUAAAUUUUCCAAAUUGUGAUUUCUAUAUGAGAGAAACAAAAGAUGAUACAUUUGGAUUGGUCAGAGUCUUAUCUGGUACUAGUGCAGAUUUAACAGAAUUAGGAAUACAAAUGCACACAGUGUCUAAAUCACAAUAUACAACAUAUGAAAAAAGACUGCAAACUUUUCAUAAUUGGCCAAAAAAUCUUAAGCAAACUCCAGAGAUGUUAGCUACUGCUGGAUUCUAUUAUCAAGGAUAUGAUGACCAAGUCAGAUGCUUCCAUUGUGAUGGAGGAUUACAUGGUUGGCAACCAAUGGAUGAUGUAUGGAUUGAGCAUGCAUAUUGGUUUCCAAAAUGUGGCUUUGUACUUCUUAUGCGUGGUCAUAAAUUUGUCAAGCAUAGCAUAGAUAUAAGAGGAUCUUUAAAUCUUUCGAUUUUUGCUGAUGUACCAGGAGAAAACAGUAAUACCAUUGAAACUUCUGUUGCAUCUCCUUCCAUGAUACAAUUUAGGGAAGCAAUAACAAAUACAGCAAUAUCUUUAGCAGAUGUCACUGAAGAGACUUUAGUUUCCAGUCCCUCGAUUUCACAACCUAACGAAUCUUACGAACCAAUAACAGAUACCGUGGCAUCAGGUGUCAUAGAUACUACAGUUACUUCCAGUCCCUCAGUUUUACAAUCUAGCGAGUUAAUAACAGAUGUAGUAAUACCUAUGGCAGGUGUCACAGAUACUACAGUUACUUCCGUUCCCACAAUUUUACAAUCUAAUAAGUCAAUAACAGAUGUAACAGUCAAGAGGCUAUUAGAUACUGCUCCGGCUAAGGCUGCUCUUGAAAUGGGACUACAUGUGGAUAGAGUAACGAAAGCUCUGAAAAGAAGAAUGGAAGAAGUUGGCAAACCCUAUGUAAAUGUUACACAGCUUGUAGAAGCUGUUUUACACAAUCAACUUAUGGAAGAUCAUACAAGAUUUGAUAAUAGUACUUCUACCUUGUCACCUUUAGAAUUGAAAACUUUAUUUAAUCAAGUUAUACAAUCAGCUAACAAUUCUACAAGCAAAAAAACCAUGCAAGAAUCUGACACAGUUGAAAACAAAUAUAAUAAAAAGGAAACUGAUAAUGAAUCAGAUGAUAUUAUGUCUUUGCGAGAGGAGAAUAGAAAAUUGAAAGAGGCUCGUCUAUGCAAGAUUUGUAUGGAUAAUGAACUAGCUAUAGUAUUUUUACCCUGUGGCCAUUUAGCGACAUGCGAUAAUUGUAUACCGACUUUAACAACUUGUCCAUUGUGUAGAUUAAAAAUUCGCGCUUAUGUUCGUAUCUUCUUAUCUUAAUACAAAAUGUAAAAUUUAAAAAAUUUUUUAAAAUAACAAAUGUUGAAUGAGAGCAUCAACUAGAAAAUUGAUGUUGCUAUUUAUUCGAAUAUUUGACGCUAUA